AUGUUUCCCCCACUCAUAUGCGCUGUGAUUUUGGACAAUAUUUCACUUUUACAGUUUAAUUGUCAACACAAAGGCGCGUCUGAAGGGAUGGAGGCCCAGCUGGAGUCCGAGCUACUGUCUCUUGAGACUGAAGUCUCCCAUUUGCACAAACAGCUUCUGGAUCAGCAGAAGAUCAUGGACCUGGACUUCAGAGGGAACAUGGAGCAGGCCCUUGCGCUGUUGUGUGCGCGGGCUGCUGUUCCCUCAGAGUUCCAGGCGAUGGUGUCACGGCUGCAGGAGGAGGUGCUGGAGCUGGAGGAGGAUGUGAGGAGACAGACUCAGAUGAACGGGAUCAGAGUGGACCACUGUACGAGACGCAGAAUUCAGAGAACGCAGGAGGAGGCGGUCGCACAGAGAGCAGGGGGCAGCAACAGCUCUCAUCAGUUCUGUGUCUCUGGAGUCUGCUCUGACCUCAGCUUCCAGGUGGAGUUCCAGCUGUCGGAGCUGAAGUUUGGGACUCAGACCAAGCGUUCACUCAGUCAUCUGAACAUCGUCCUGGAGGACAGUGACCUGCAGGGCUUCAGCAGCUUUCUCUCCAGGGUGGAAGAGAGCCAGGACCUGUUGCUGUUCUUUAGGACUCUGAGGACCUUCUCCAGAUGCUGUGACGAGCGCCAAAGGACCUUCAACCACUUCCAGGUAACACUCAGCCGGUUAAUCCACACACUGUUGGCCUGA